AUGUCUGUUCAGAUAGACAGUCACCAGUCAAUUAUCGACUAUUGCCGUUCUUGCCCAGAUGAUCAACUUAUUGGAGGCUCGAAGUACGGCAACCGAGUCGUUAAGCUACCGAACUAUGACUUGGUAGUCAAGUUUGGCCAGCAUGUCUCUUCCUACGAGGCAAAGAAUCAGCAAGAAGCGUAUAACACGAUUGAUCACAACGUCGUCAUAGUCCCUUGGGCUCAUAAGUUUUUUGUGGACGAUGAGGGCUGGGGCUACAUGGUAUCGGAUUUUAUUCCGGCCAAGACUAUCGAUCCUCUUCCGGAAUCUCAUAUUCGAAGACUGGCCAAGAUUCUUGAAUAUUUUCACUCUAUUACCUCUGAGAGUACCGGUAGCCUAUGUGGUGGCCCGUCGACUGGCCUACUCUGGCCAUUUACGAAUGAUCUAUUUAUUAGCAGUGUCCAACAUGUGGAAGACUGGUUUAACAGUCGGCUUUUUCCCGGAGACGGCGAAGUUCAUUUUGAUCCGAGCCCAUCGGUGCUAUGCCAUCUAGAUAUAGCCCCGAGAAACAUUAUUUGGUUGGACGAUGGCCGUGUCAGUCUACUGGACUGGGAAUCAGCAGGAUUUUAUCCACGACCAUUGGAAUUUGCCAGUUUAUUCUUUCAAGAAUAUCAUUUUGGCGAGGCGCUUCUAAAUGCUAUGGGUUUCGGCUCUGCACAUGAGAAAGAAGAGCAACAGAAGAUGUGCCAGGCAUUGUUUAACAAUGAAAAGUACUCCUUAACCGUCCUCGCAUUCCUCACCAGCUGA